ACGUCGCGGCAUCAAGGUGUACUUGAACGUUUUGUCGAGUUUGACGUUUGUGACUUGUGGAAUUUUGUUCUUUUCUACACACUCAUACUGAAAGAAAAAAAAAUAAUAAAGUAGGAAAUAGCAAAAAAUAAUCAAAAUUCGUGCGGAAAAUCGCGAAAAAUUAGUGAAAAUUGAGUAAAAAGCUCUCGUUGGAGAGCAAAACGGUACAGAUUUCAACCGGAAACUACGAAAAUCAGUGCAAAUCAAAUCAAACGAGAUAUGAUUUCAAGCUGAAUUCGACGAACAAAUGAAAUAAGGGACAAGAAAAAAAAAAUAAAAAAAAAAUCAAUAGAAUUGUGAAAAAAAAAAUAAAAAAAGCGGAGCAUAGAAGAAAAAAAAGGUAAAAAUGUGCUCCAAAAAAUACAACGAAACCUUAAACGACGAGGUGCGAUGGACUAGAAGUAAAACAGAUAAUUUCAACGGUGCGCAACCAACUGUUACCAGCAUCAUUGUCAAACGACAAAACCGUCAUCAAUCACCCUCCUCCUCAUGCUCCUUCGUCGACAACGAUGACUCCGCCAUGCAAAAAAGCAACUGCAAAAAUUUCAUUAGUGCAAGCAGCAACAAAAAAGAAUGGUUGUCAUCGUCACUGCAACACCUACUACUGCGGAACAUAAAUAAAAAUAAAUCAAUUUUAUAUCAAUUUAUUGUGUUAUAUCUAGUGUUAAAUAUAAUCUGUAACAAUUUGCUACUAACCACAUUGUUGCCAUGCGUUCGUGCCGACGAAUUUAUGGAUGCGCCAGGUGCCAGAGGUCAUUACACGCCAACGUGGGCCGUGCAUAUUCCGGGAGGCGAUCAUGUUGCCCAACAAGUUGCCGACGAUCAUGGAUAUGUUCUACUUGGAAAGAUUAUCGACGAACAUUACCAUUUCCAUCAUCACGCAGUGUCGAAACGCUCAAUAAGCCCAUCAAGUCAUCACCAAAGUCACCUCGACACGGACGAUCGUGUGCGAUGGUCGCAACAGCAACGUGCCAAAUCAAGGCAAAAACGUGAUUAUGUUAAGCCAAAUAGACAAUCAUCAUUAUCAUCUAGUAGAUAUACUAAUUUAUUAAAUGAUCCAAAGUGGCCAUUAAUGUGGUAUCUUAAUCGUGGAAGUGGCUUAGAUAUGAAUGUAAUUCCCGCAUGGAAGGAAGGCAUUACGGGAAGGGGGGUAGUUGUAACAAUUUUAGAUGAUGGUCUUGAGUCAGAUCAUCCCGACUUGAUAGCUAAUUAUGAUCCAAAGGCGUCUUACGAUGUAAAUAGCCACGAUGACGAUCCAACGCCGCAUUACGACAUGACGGACUCAAAUCGCCAUGGAACGCGAUGUGCGGGCGAAGUUGCUGCAACCGCGAAUAAUUCCGAAUGCGCUGUCGGAAUUGCGUUUGGAGCGCGUGUUGGAGGCGUUCGGAUGCUCGAUGGCGACGUUACGGAUGCCGUUGAAGCGCGUUCUCUCAGCCUUAAUCCUCAACACAUUGAUAUUUAUAGUGCCAGUUGGGGUCCCGAUGACGACGGCAAAACUGUCGAUGGACCCGGAGAGAUGGCAACGCGUGCCUUUAUCGAGGGCGUCACGAAAGGGCGCAACGGAAAGGGAUCCAUUUUUAUUUGGGCGAGCGGCAAUGGGGGUCGAGAACACGACAAUUGCAACUGUGAUGGAUACACGAACAGCAUUUGGACUUUGUCGAUUUCGAGUGCAACGGAGGAAGGUUCAGUGCCUUGGUAUUCGGAAAUGUGCAGUUCGACUCUCGCAACGACUUACAGCAGUGGCGGGCAAGGCGAGAAGCAAGUUGUGACGACAGAUUUGCAUCAUUCGUGCACGGCGUCGCAUACGGGAACGUCAGCAUCGGCUCCAUUGGCGGCGGGAAUUGCUGCUCUUGUGUUGGAAGCGAACAGUAAUCUUACAUGGAGAGAUUUGCAACAUAUUGUUGUUCGAACUGCCAAACCAGGCAACCUCAAAGAUCCAACAUGGUCGAAAAAUGGCGUGGGGCGUCGCGUUUCUCACUCUUUCGGUUACGGAUUGAUGGAUGCUGUCGCGAUGGUUCGUCUCGCACGCACUUGGAAAACAGUUCCUGAUCAACAACGUUGCGAAAUUAACGCUCCUCAUCUCGACAAACAAAUACCGCCAAAAAGUCGUUUAAAGCUCCAAUUAACGGUCCAACAUUGCAAGGGUGUCAAUUUCCUCGAACAUGUACAGGCAAAAAUUUCAUUAACAUCACAGCGUCGCGGCGACAUUCAAAUUUAUUUAACAUCCCCAGCGGGAACCAAAGUGACAUUAUUGACAUCGAGAUCGCACGACGUGUCACGCGCUGGAUUUAAUAAUUGGCCUUUUAUGUCUGUGCACACAUGGGGUGAAGCACCGCACGGGCAUUGGCAGCUCGAAAUAUACAACGAGGGACGUUAUAUGGCGCAAAUAACGCAAUGGGAAUUGGUGUUCUAUGGCACGGAAAAUCCUCCGCAACCUGAUGACCCGCCGAGAUACGGAUUUGACAAGUCUGGCUUGGAUUCGGAUACGUAUGAUGGAGAAAUGGGACAAAAUGUUCUUGAAUUUGAACCUGGCACUGCAGGACAAUGGAGAGAUAUUCAAAAUGUCGACAAUAACCGCAUCGACGUAUCACAACGCACCGCAUCGAAUGACCUUACAGGAAGUGCUUGCCGCAGCUUUUCUGGCGACUCUAAAUGCAUAGAAUGUGCCAAAGAUACAUUUUUAUUCAAGGAUCGUUGUUACAGUUCCUGUCCCGACGGAUCUUUCAUGGUUCCUGAAAUUUCUUCCGAUGCUCAAGCUCCAAAAAAACACAAAAAGGAAAAAUCCCUUUCCCUCCGCAACGCUGGCGAAGAAGAAUCUUUAUCCGAAAUGGGCGACCUCAAAGCUGAACUUCUCACGGGAGCUACAAUCCAAAAAUUAUGCGACGCUUGUCACUAUUCGUGUCAACGAUGUCGAGGUCCCUCCGAUAACCAAUGCACCGAAUGCAUUUCAGAUUAUCUCAAUAUCACACUUGACAACGAAACGUAUUGUCGUCCGCCGGCAUUCGAGGAUCCCCCGCCCGACGUGAAUUUCAUCUUUAAACUCAAUACGCAAGAACUGAUGCUCGUUGGAGCGUUUUUCGGUGUCAUAUUUUUCGUCAUUUUUUUCGGGGCGUAUUUUUUCUUUCGAAAUGUCUGUUGUUCCGGCUUCAAGGAGUAUACGUACAACCCCCUGAACGAUGACGACCACGAAAUGGGACGACAGACAAUAAAUAAAAGUAGCGCCGUGGCAUUCAAACGAGAGUUGCAACGCAUGGAAAGCACGAGUUCCGACGAAGAUACGGAAAUUUACUCGGCGCGGAGGUACGACUGA